AUGGCUGGCUCAAAAGAUCGCAUCCUGAACAAUCACCAAGCCUACAUCAUCGCCGCCAUAUUGCACGCCGAGUUUGCUCCCACUGUAGCUAUGAUGGACCCUAAUUUCACUGGCUACGCUGCUGUGUCGCAAUGGGCCUCAGCGCGUCAAACCCGCCUUUAUGAAGACCACUGGGACGCCUUUCCGCGUCUAGGCGGAUUCAGGCCCCCGAUCGGCGUCAGACGGGCUGUGGACCGUAAAUUUCGCAACUAUUACCGCAAGUUGCGCUCUGCCCACACCAACGCCGUUGUGGACGGACAAGAUUGA